ACCACCUGAGCCUAUAGGGCUGAAGCUGACAUGGCUCCAGAAAAGGACAGUAAUGGUCUUGACAACUAUGCAUUUGCACGUGAAGGGCGCUUUUGUGAUCUACCGGACACACAACAUGGAGAAGAAUUGGACAUGUCCAUGGAGUCAGACAACAACAAGCUAGUAUACUGCGUAACAGAUGUGCCUCCCUGGUACCUGUGCAUCAUCCUCGGCAUCCAGCACUGUUUGACGGCGUUUGGAGGAAUCAUCGCCAUUCCGUUAAUCCUGUCUCAGGGGUUGUGUCUGCAGUUUGAUGGCAUCACACAGAGCCACCUCAUCAGCACCAUCUUCUUCGUCUCCGGUGUUUGCACUCUGUUGCAAGUUACCUUCGGCAUCAGACUGCCCAUACUUCAAGGUGGGACCUUCACAUUGCUGGCACCGUCCAUGGCAAUGCUGUCCAUGCCGGAGUGGCAGUGCCCUGCUUGGACCCAAAAUGCCAGCCUGGUCAACACCUCCUCCAUAGAAUUCACUGAAGUAUGGCAGACUCGAAUGAGAGCACUGCAGGGGUCCAUUAUGGUGGGCUCACUGUUCCAGGUGUUUGUAGGUUUCUCCGGCCUCAUCGGCCUCUUCAUGCGCUUCAUUGGACCUCUGACCAUCGCUCCCACCAUCUCUCUCAUUGGACUGUCCCUGUUUGACUCAGCUGGUACCAGUGCUGGCAACCACUGGGGCAUCUCUACUAUGACCAUAGCACUGAUCAUCCUGUUCUCACAGUACCUCCGUCACAUACCUGUGCCAUUCCCUGCGUACAGCAAGGAGAAAAAACUGCACACGUCCAAUGUCUACGUCUUUCAGAUUCUCCCUGUUCUUCUUGGAAUCACUUUGUCUUGGCUCAUCUGCUACAUUUUAACAACAUACAAUGCGCUUCCUAGUGAACCAAGUCAAUAUGGCUACCUAGCCCGCACUGAUCUAAAGGGAGAUGUUAUCAGCCAAGCUCCCUGGUUCCGUUUUCCGUACCCAGGUCAGUGGGGGAUACCGACUGUGAGCCUGGCGGGGGUGAUUGGCAUCUUGGCCGGUGUGAUUUCCUCCAUGAUAGAGUCUGUAGGGGACUACCACGCAUGUGCCAGGCUCUCUGGGGCGCCACCUCCCCCUAAACAUGCUAUCAACAGGGGUAUUGGCAUUGAGGGACUGGGCUGUCUGUUGGCUGGAGCCUGCGGUACAGGAAAUGGAACCACUUCAUACAGCGAGAAUGUUGGAGCCCUUGGUAUUACAAAGGUUGGCAGUCGCAUGGUUAUUGUAGCCAGUGGAGUCCUGAUGGUUGUCAUGGGUGUGUUUGGUAAAGUGGGCGCCAUAUUCACUACUAUCCCAUCCCCUGUGGUAGGAGGGAUGUUCAUGGUUAUGUUUGGCGUCAUCUCUGCAGCAGGAGUUUCUAAUCUGCAGUAUGCAGAUAUGAAUUCUUCUCGAAACAUCUUCAUUUUUGGAUUCUCCAUGUUCUCGGGUCUGGUCAUUCCUAACUGGAUAUUCAAGAACCCCACAGCUAUUGCUACAGGUGUUGUUGAACUCGACCAGGUCUUGCAGGUUCUUCUGACAACCAGCAUGUUUGUUGGAGGUUUCUUUGGCUUCAUGCUGGACAACACAAUUCCAGGAUCAAAGCAUGAACGAGGCAUCCUGGCGUGGAACAAGGCUCACGAGGAUGAAUCCAGCAACACACUGGAGAGCGGAGAGGUCUACAACCUUCCCUUUGGCAUCAGCUCUUACUUGUCUUCCUCCUCCUGGAUCCGGUACAUACCCUUCUGCCCUCCGAUUGUGCCCGACUCCCUGGACGGAAGUGGAGCAGAUACUAAUGCCCUGGAGCCUAAGCAGCCACUUGGACAUGCAGAGCCUUCACAGAUUAUUAUUGGAGUUGCCAUGUGAGUCCUGUACUCA